UUUAAAAAGUUGAAGCCGGCCUGUUUAUGGCUUUAUUCACUAACAGUACUGGCGGGAAACCCAACUCUUAUGAUCCAUCCUUCUCCAUCUCCGUUAGAGUCUUCUUCAGAGAGAUGGCCAACAAGCUCAUUAGCCAAAUGGGUCUUCCCAAGUCAAUAUCCAAUAUAUUCGUCGCUCGUAAUAUCCUCACCGCCAAGGAUGCACUUUCGUUAACUGAAUUCGAAUUGAUGGAUUUAUUAGACCUUAAUUUGUCCGAGGUAAUAUCUGCAAUUGGACACAUCAGUGAAAUUGCUUGUCCUCCAUAUCAAACUGCUCUAUCUCUUCUGGAACUUCGUACAGAAAACGAGAGCUUUGGCGGCCACCUCCCAACUCGUUUGAGAGGAUUAGACGCUGCAAUGUGCGGUGGAAUUCCAUUUGGUGUUGUUACAGAAGUUGUGGGCCCGGCUGGGAUAGGCAAAACCCAGUUUUGCCUCAAGCUCUCGUUACUUGCUGCACUUCCUUUAUCAUAUGGAGGUUUAAAUGGACACGUUUUAUUCAUUGAUACUGAAUCCAAAUUCAGUUCUAAAAGGAUGGUAGAAAUCGGAGUGAAUAGUUUCCCAGAAGUAUUUCACAAGGAAAAGAUGGCACAAGAGAUGGCAGGGCGGAUCAUAGUUCUCAGACCAACAUCGCUUACUGACUUUACAGAGAGAUUAGAACAAAUUAGAGAUUCUAUUUUCCAACAUAAAGUGAAGUUGCUAAUUGUUGACAGCUUGGCAGCUCUUCUUUCAGGGGAAGAAUUUCAAGGGACUCAUAGACAACACUCAUUGGGCUGGCACAUAUCAUUUCUUAAAUCACUUGCUGAGUUUUCAAGAAUACCUGUAGUAGUCACCAACCAAGUGAGAUCACAAAAUCGCGAAGAAACUUCCCAGUUUCAUUUCCAAGCUCAGAAGACGACUGCGAACCUUGAAAAUCCCACCAAAUUUGAUCACCAUUUAGUUGCUGCACUUGGAAUCCAUUGGGCUCAUGCUGUCACAACUCGCCUUGUAUUCGAAUCUCGAUCAGGUCAAAGGUAUAUAAAAGUAGCCAAAUCUUCAAUAUCCCCACCAAUUGCUUUUCCUUUCAACAUAACUUCAUGUGGUAUUUCAUUACUAGACGAUGAUGGUGUGGAAAUGACUGGGCCAGAAAUGAAUACCAUCAAUUAUCAAGUUGAUGACCCGCCAAAGGAGGAGAUUGAUAGAGCUGCUAAUGCUGUCUGGCUUCGUGAUGAUUCUAGAUUAUUUAUCCAGAUUCAGAACUCCAUGGAGAAUGACGUCAUGGGGUAUGUUAGUCAUUGUGAUACUGUGAAAGAACUCUUUGAUUAUUUGGAAUUUAUGUAUUCUGGCAAAGGUAAUCUUAACCACAUCUAUGAGGUGUGCAAAGCCUUUUACAGGGCAGAAAUGAAAGAUAAGCCUCUCACAGCUUAUUUUAUGGAUUUCAAGAAAACGUAUGAAGAACUUAAUACCUUAAUGCCCUUUAGUCCUGAUAUCAAAGUGCAGCAGAAACAACGCGAACAAAUGGCAGUCAUGAGCUUUUUGGCUGGUCUUACGUCUGAUUUUGAAACAGCCAAAUCACAUAUCCUAUCUAGUGAUGUGGUCUCUUCUCUUCAAGAUGCUUUCAGUAGAGUGCUUCGCACUGACACUUCAUCCACAUCAUCAGCACCUCAGCCAAGCAAUGCUUUUGUGGGACAAGUCCCAACAUUCCCCAAUGGAGGUGAGAAGUGGCCACGCACAGGACCGAUUGGCAAAGGAGUAGUAUGCAACUACUGAAUUUCCCGAACCAUGUGUAUAGACCCACUUACAUCCUUACCCAAAUCAAUCUCUUGUCUUGGCAUUGGAACUGUGUUAGAGGCUCACUAUCGACUAGGUCACCCUUCUCUUCCGUUGUUAAAGAAGCUUUAUCCUCAAUUCAAUAAGGUGUCAUCUUUACAGUGUGAUUCGUGUCAAUUUGCAAAACAUCAUCGAAGUAGUCUAAGUCCUCGAGUCAAUAAACGAGCACAUGCUCCUUUUGAACUGGUUCAUUCUGAUGUUUGGGGUGCUUGCCCUGUUGUGUCCAAAUCUGGUUUUAAAUAUUUUGUUACCUUUGUUGAUGAUUAUUCUCGUAUGACUUGGAUUUAUUUCAUGAAACGUCGUUCCGAGUUAUUUUCUCAUUUUUGUGCCUUUUGUGCUGAAAUCAAAACUCAAUUUAAUGUACAUGUUCGUAUUUUAAGGGGAGACAAUGCUCAAGAGUAUUUCUCUGCCUCAUUUAAGUUGUAUAUGGCUCAACAUGGCAUAAUUCAUCAAACUUCAUGUGUAGACACACCUCCCCAAAAUGGAGUUGCUGAACGAAAGAACAGACAUCUAUUAGAAACUGCGCGGACUCUUCUAUUCCAAAUGAAUGUGCCAAAACAUUUUUGGGCAGAUGCUGUGUCUACCGCAUGUUUUUUGAUCAAUCGAAUGCCAUCUACUGUUUUAGAUGGUAAAACUCCAUAUCAGUGCCUAUUUCCAAAUAAUGAAAAUUUUCCUAUUCCUCCUAAAGUUUUUGGUUGCACUUGUUUUGUACGAGAUGUUAAUCCCCAUUUAACAAAGUUAAAUCCCAAGUCAUUAAAGUGCAUUUUCUUAGGCUACUCUCGAGUUCAAAAGGGGUACAGAUGUUUUUCUCCAAGUACAGGUCGGUAUAUUGUUUCAAUUGAUGUCUCCUUUUAUGAAAAUACACCAUUUUCAUCAACAGACACAAAUAUCUGUAGGGAGAAUGAUGAUAUACUCAUUUACACAGUCACUAUACCCGAGUCCAAUACUUCAGCAGUUCUUCCCCAUGUUACUUUUCCUGAGCCUAGGCCUCCGAUACACUUGGUAUACACCCGUCGACACAAAGUGCAAGAUCACCCUCCACCUGUGGUUACUUCUCCUGAUACUGAUCCGAUCUCAUAUCCUGAACCGACACCUGCAUCUUCAGAUCCUGUCUCUACAUCAGAUCUUGAUCUCCCCAUCGCACUACGUAAAGGUACACGGUCUUGUACUCAUCCUAUUUCUUCAUGUGUGUCGUAUAAUCAGUUAUCAUCUGCCUCAUGUUCUUUUAUUGCUUCCAUUGAUUCUAUUUCUGUUCCCAAAUCUGUUAAAGAUGCUUUGUCUCAUCCUGAUUGGCGUCAUGCCAUGGUAGAGGAAAUGAAUGCUUUGGAUCUUAAUGGUACCUGGGAUUUGGUAGACUUGCCUACAGGGAAGAAGUCUAUAGGAUGUAAGUGGGUCUUUGCUGUAAAGGUUAACCCUGACGGAUCCGUUGCUCGAUUGAAAGCCCGAUUAGUUGCGAAGGGUUAUGCUCAAACCUAUGGCGUUGAUUAUUCUGACACAUUUUCUCCUGUUGCUAAAUUAACAUCUGUCAGAUUACUUAUUUCUCUCGCAGCAACUCAUGGUUGGCACUUACAUCAAUUGGACAUUAAGAAUGCAUUCUUGCAUGGUGAUCUUCAGGAGGAAGUUUAUAUUGAGCAACCUCCGGGGUUUGUUGCUCAGGGGGAGUAUGGGAAAGUUUGUCGACUUCGCAAGUCUCUUUAUGGUUUGAAACAGAGUCCCCGUGCAUGGUUCGGGAAAUUCAGCCAAUCAAUUGAACGAUUUGGGAUGAUAAAAGGCAAAUCAGAUCACUCUGUAUUUUACAGACAAACGAAAACAGGUAUUACAUUGCUUGUGGUGUAUGUCGAUGACAUUGUGAUUACAGGGAGUGAUAAUACAGGUAUUUUGGCCCUAAAGAAUUUUCUUCAUAGUCAAUUCCAGACGAAAGAUUUGGGCUCAUUGAAAUACUUCUUGGGAAUUGAGGUUACACGGAGUAAGAAAGGCAUAUUUCUAUCUCAACGUAAAUAUGUGCUUGACUUACUAACUGAAACAGGGAAAUUGGGGGCAAAACCAAGCAGUACUCCCAUGAUUCCCAAUGUACAACUCACUCAUGAAGGUAUGCCAUUCGAAGAUCCGGAAAGAUAUAGACGGUUGGUUGGAAAACUUAAUUAUCUCUCAGUUACCCGUCCAGAUAUUGCAUACUCAGUGAGUGUAGUAAGUCAAUACAUGUCAUCUCCGACAGUGGAUCAUUGGAAUGCUGUAGAGCAUAUAUUAUGUUACUUGAAGGGGACACCGGGACGAGGUAUUGUUUAUCAGAAUCAUAAUCACAUGAGAAUAGAAUGCUUUGCAGAUGCUGAUUGGGCUGGAUCUAAAGAUGAUAGAAGAUCCACAUCUGGCUAUUGCGUCUUUGUUGGUGGUAAUCUCGUCUCUUGGAAAAGUAAGAAGCAGAAUGUGGUUUCUCGUUCGAGUGCUGAAUCAGAAUAUCGGGCUAUGGCACAAUCGGCAUGUGAGAUAAUCUGGAUAAACCAUUUAUUGAGUGAAAUGAGAUUGAAGACACCAAUGCCUGCUAAACUCUGGUGCGAUAACCAAGCUGCUAUACACAUUGCCAACAAUCCAGUGUUUCAUGAGAGAACAAAACAUAUUGAGAUCGAUUGUCACUUUGUUCGAGAAAAGAUACAACAAGGAUUGAUCUCUACAGGACAUGUGAAGACUGGAGAGCAACUUGGAGAUUUGUUCACUAAAGCACUAAAUGGAAUUCGUGUUGGUUACUUAUGUAACAAGUUGGACAUGAUAAAUAUUUAUGCUCCAACUUGAGGAGGAGUGUGAAAGACAUUAUAGAAUAUUCUUUAGAAUAUGUUUUAGAAUAUUCUUCUAUCUUUAGAAUAUGCUUUAGAAUAUUUUAGGAAUAUACUCUAGGAUAUUAUUAUUGUAUAGAAUCUUAAAGGAAUAUUCUAUCUUUGUAAUGUAUAUAUAUAUGGGCUUGACCCUCCAAUGAAAUACACACAAAAAUCAUUCUUCUCAUUACUAUUCUAUCUUUAAUUCUUACAACACCCAACUUGUGCUAUCGCAAGACCUUUACCUUUACCAAUAACGAGAGAAUCAGUGCCAGUAUAAUCGGAUGCCAAGGUAAGAUUAUUCAGAUUGUUGGUGACAUGAUUGGUUGCUCCAGAAUCAAGUAACCAUCCAUUAUGAUUAGUAACAGCCGUAUUGACCUGAGGAGGAUAAGCCUGUUGUUCAAACCGAUGCCAAUAAUUGAUAACGGAGUGGUUUGGUUUCCCACAAAUUUGGCACAUAAUAUUUGCUCCGAAAUUGGGAUUACUAUUCCCGGAGAUGUUGCGGGUUGUCAUAUUGUUGGUGGUACCCCGAAAAGUAUUCUGGCCACGUCGGUUUGAAUUUUGAGAAAAAUUGGGCCGCUGGUUUCUGGGCUGACUCCCGGUAGAACCCCGGGCUGAGUUGUUUGUGCGGCUGGACUGAUAAUGAGAUGGGCCAGGGCCCAAUAAAGAAGGCUGAUAAUGAGAUGGGCCAGGCUGCCUUGGAGUUCUACGGGAAGUAAGUGUAUUCGCCUCCCCCAUCGCUACGUUAUUCGCCGUCACCACGCCAACACUUGUAUCCAGAGCCUCCUUCCGCCGCAGAGUCGCUUCGAACCCGGUGAGCAAGGCGUAGAUGUUGCCGAAACUGUUAUCUCCACACGUGCGAAUGGAGUUUGUGAAGGAUUCAAACUCAGGUCGAAGGCCCUCCAUGGCUUGAAGAACGAAGUCAUCGUCGUCAACAGGGCGGCCAGCUUUAGCUAAUUCAUCGGCGAGGGUACGGAGAUGAUGAAGAUACUCACCCACUGCCUUAGAUCCCUGUCGAGUGUGGCGGAAAACAUCCUUCAUAUUCCGGAUUUGAGCUGCUGAACGGGUGCCGUAAAGCUGCUCUAGGGUCUUCCACACCGCAGCAGAGGUACGUGCGGAUCCAACCAAUGGUUUGCACGCCGAGCUCAGGGAGGAGACAAGGGCAUGUCGGAGGAGGCGGUCUUGACGAUUCCACCGGAGAUGGCCUGCACCUUCACUGGCAGGUGGCGGAACAGCAUCAUCACUGAUGUAUUGGUCGAGAUGAGAGCCAACCAAGAGGUCAAGCACUUGGUCACGCCAUAUGAGGUAAUUCGUUCCUUCAAGUUUUUCUGGGAAGUGGCUGGGGUUGAGGAUGAUUAACCCAUCUGGAGUGAGGGGGUUGAUGACUGUAGUAGAGGAAUUUGUAGAAGAAAUGGUAGGCUGCCCGUUUGGGGUAUUUCUGAGAUCCCCUUGCUGAGGGGGGUCGUCUGCCUCCAUAGGGAGAGGGAGAUGGCUGGUUAGAGCUCGUGUGGCUCUGAUACCAUAAUAGAGAGAAGAGAACAAGUGUUUUGAAUGUAUUUCUGUGUGUCUAAAACUGAUUUACAAGGCUGCUAUUUAUACAUCUCUUAAUCAUGUAUAUAAGGUAAAUAAUAAUACUAUAGUAAAUGCCAAAGAUAUGUAACUGUUGACUACAAUAUUGUGUGUUAAAGAAUCCUGAAACUGAAUUAUUUCUUUCCUUCAAUACGCCGAAGGUGCACUUCUUCGGGUUUAGCCGAAGGUUGAAUUUUUGCAUGAUGGCGAAGAUUUCCCGGAGGUCGUCGACAUGGCUGGAAGAUUGUUUGCUCUUGACGAUCAUGUCGUCAACAUAGGCCUCCAUGGUGCGCCCUAGGACGGCUUAAAAGACCCGGGCCACCAUCCGGGUGUAGGUGGCCCCCGAGUUCUUUAGGCCGAAGGCCAUUACCAGGUAGCAGAAGAUGCCCUCGGGAGUCAUGAAGGCAGUUUUUUCGGCGUCUUCCUCGUGCAUGAAAAUUUGGUGAUACCCUCGGAAGGCAUCGAGGAAGGACAUGAUCUCACACCCUGCGGUCUCAUCCACCAGUUGAUCAAUAUUUGGUAGAGGGAAUGGAUCCAUAGGGCAUGCCUUGUUGAGAUCGGUGUAGUCCACGCACAUGCGGAAGGUAGGGGGCUUCUGUGCGAGGACUACGUUGGCCAGCCAUGAGGGAUAUUUCACCUCCUUGAUGUGUUUAAUAGAGAGGAGCAUGGCGACCUCCUUCUUCACAAAUUCCCUUCUCUCGGCCGAGAGGGGUCUUCUUCGUUGCUGUACUGCUUUUGCCGAGGGGUCUACCGAGAGGCGGUGGGUGAUGACCCUUCGGCUUAUUCCCGGCAUGUCCUCCGGCCCCCAUGCAAAGACAAUGGAGUAGGCGCGAAGGGCGUCGGUGAUACCGGUCUUCAGAUCUUCUGGGAGCUGGGCUCCAAUCUUCACGACUCUCUCCGGCUGGGCCGGAUCGAGCGCAAAGUCUUCUACGUCCUCGGCUGGUUCAGCCCUCGGCCUUUUUUCUUCUUGGUCGAUGGUUCCGGUGAUGGUGUCAACACGGAAUUCCGUCUUACUUACCUUCUUAGUGACUUGAAGAUAGCAGGCGCGGGCGAUUUUCUGAUUCCCCCGGGAGUAGCCAAUGCCCCCCUCGGCGGGAAACUUGAGGCAGAGGUGCCUCAUGGAGAUGAUGGCCUCGAGGUCCUCGAGGGCUGGCCGACCGAGGAUGAUGUUGUGGGCGCAGUCGAUGUUGACAACGAUGAACUCCACUUCGAGCUGGGCUCUAUGGAGCCCGUCGCCGAAGAUCACCGGGAGGGUUAUUACCCCCUCGGAAUCAAUAGUAUCGCCGGUGAAGCCGGCAAGAGGGGUCUUAAUGGGCCGAAGGGACCCCCUCUCCAGAUGCAGCUCUCUGAAGGUGCUGAGGUACAUUACAUUGACGGAGCUGCCCGUGUCAAUGUACGUUCGGUGAAUGAUGGUGUCGUUUAUUUCAGUCCGAAUCACCAAGGCAUCCCUGUGAGGAGAAGAAGCCGGGGGGAGAUCUGCGUUGGUGAAGGUGAUGGGUUCCUCCCUCAGCCGCUUUACUGGGGGCAUAUGGGUGACUUCCCCCACGUAAAGAGAUUGAACCCACUUUUUCCGCUUACUGGUGGAAUCGCCCCCUGUAUUGCCGCCGGUGAUCAUGAGGAUGUGGCGUUUUUUCUCUUGGUAGUGGGGGUACUCCUCCUCUUCCUCCUCCAAGUUUCCGAUCUCCCUCUUCUUGUCGAGGGGAAUGGUGUUCGGGUUCACCCAAGCAUUCACCUUCGUGUGGUGCCCUCGGGGAGGUCCCUGAUGAGAAGGUCCCUCCUGCCGAGGGCUCUGAACAAAUUGGGAUAGGUGCCCCGCUUGUAUCAAUCUCUCGAUGGCCGUUUUUAGCUGGUGGCAGUCAUCGGUUCUGUGCCCCUGGUGCCGAUGGAAGCGACAGUAUGAGAACUGAGGGUUGAUAGCAUGUACCUCCGGGGGUGCGCGAGAAUCGCGCUCAACGAGGCCCCUCUCCUCGGCAAAAUCAAGGAUGAUGCUGACGGGGUGCGUCAAUGGUGUCCGGGGGCGGUUCAGGAGGAUGGGCUGUGCCCAAGUCUUAGGGCUGCUCUUAUAACCUCCCCCGGGCUUGGCUUGGCCUUGCCGAGGGCGGUCAUCAGAGGGUCCUGAAGACUUGGGUGAUUUGGAGGAGCCCCCGGCCCUCGGUUGUUCUUGUUGUCAGCCCUCGGGGGAUGCCGAUCCGGAUGCUGGUGGUAUUUCUCCACCUCCUCGGCCUCAGCAUAUCGAUCCCCCUGCUGCAAUGCCCUUAUGUAGUCGCGGGGGGGGGGGGGGGGGGGGGUUCAAUGAUGAGGCUCCUUGAAAAGUUGCCGGUGCGGAGGACGGUUUGUAGGAGGGCCAGGAGGGUCCCGUCAUCAGCACCGUCGACUUUGUCGGCUUCCGUCCUCCAGCGCUCCAGGAAGUCCCGAAGGGUCUCAUCCCUCUUCUGGCGUAUGGUUAGGAGGUGGGAGAAGUGCUUCCUCGUGCGACGCCUCCCGUCAAAUUGUGUCAAGAAUCGCUGGGCGAGUUCUUGCCACGAAUCAAUGCAGCCCUCGGGCAGCCUGUUGAACCAUUCGUAUGCCGACCGCUCUAAGGUGGAGAGGAACCAACGACACAAAUAUUCGUCUGACGCCCCUACCAUCAUCAUGCUGUUCUGGUAUUUGCUGUAGUGUUCCUGGGGGUCCGUCUUCCCGUUGUAGGGCUGUAUGUGUUUCCCUCGGUAUUUUUCCGGGAUUCGGGCCGCCAAUACCCUUGGGGUAAAUGGCGUCCGGGUCCGGAGCUGGAUGACGGGUUCCCCGGAGCCCUCGGCUACCUUCUUCUGUAAUUCCUCGAUUUUGGCCAUCAUGGCCUCGUAUUUGAGGUCUGGAUGAGGGGUGGAGGUGGUGGCGUGAGCUUUGUUGGCCUCCAUUUCAUCAAGCCGGCGUUGGAGGGCCGCAAUAAUCUCGUCCCGGGGAUCCCACGGGAGGGUCUCCGCCCCCUGCGAACGAACCCGGGCCGAGUGGGCCUGGUUGAUUUGGUGGCGAGCGUCAUCGGCAUGAAGGGGCGCCUUGCCUUUGUCCCGAGGGGGACGCUCCUCGUCUGCCCUCGAGACAGACCCUCCGCUUUCCUGGGGCCUCUGGAGUGCUUUCCCUCCGAGGCGGUCUUGGACCCCUCGGCGGUCUGGCCCUCCUCCGAGCCGGUUGAGGGCGGAAGUGCGGGGCCUUUCUCUGUUGUCAUUGUGGCGGUCCCAAGACUGAACUUCCUGGGAGGACGUAUCUUGAGCCACUACCCCUUCGUCGUUCCUAACCCGAGGGGUGGGGUUUCCGAAGGGGUGUGGCAGAGGGGGAAGUAUGAUGUUCUCCCCAACCUGGGGUUGAGCCGCAGCCAGGGUGCCGAAGGCACCCGGGUUCUGAGUGAGCGUUUGGAUGAAGGCGGAGAGCGCUGAUUGCACGUCGAUGGUGAGAACCGGAGGGCUGACUUGGUCAUCGCUCCGGUUUUUCUUCUUGGCCUCGAUGCCGAGGCGGGCAUCGGGGGCAUUCUGUUGGAUCUGAAGGCGUAGGUCGACAGCCGCCUGUUCCAGCCCAACGAUGACACCGCCCUCGGGAGCCCUGUGAGAGGCUUCGAGGGCGUUGACGUCGCCGAGGGCCAGGUUCUUGUCUUCUACGUUUUUGGAGUUGGCACGUGUUGUUCUCACCAUUUUGGUAGAGGGCUAGUGUUUGGCGAAGGGGGAGGGUUUCUCUCGAUUGUUCGACCUCUCAACGAUAGCACCAAAUGAUGGAUAGUCCACCCGGGGGGUAUAUAUCCGAGGGGUUAUUGCAGAGAAUAACUUAGAGAGAAGUCAGAGCACAAGUAAGUAAGAGAGAGAGUGUAUUCAGUAUGAAUGUCGUGGUUACAAAUGGGGAAAUGGGGUGCUAUUUAUAGUAGCAAUAAAUGCCGGACAGGGACACGUGUCAAGCGCCCAUUGGCUGAGAGGUCACCUCAACUGGUUGGCGUUGGCAGCCGCAUGUGGCCGCAUUUAAUGCGGCUGUUGGAUGGGACGUCUGUACAGGGUACGGUGAUCUGUACGCAUGUGAGGCGGAUAUCAUGUCGGGAGAGGUGCCCUCGGCUGCAGAGGACUAGCCGAGGGCUCUGAGUGCCGAGGACCCCUGAGUGCCGAGGGCUCUAGGUGCCGAGGGCUACUGUUCUCUGCCGUUUUUCCCCCAGUUUCUUAGUUUGCUCGAGAAACCCGUUCUGUGAGAGUUUCAGCCUUCGGCCAGGGGGCCGAAGGCACCCCUGGCGCGUAGUGCGGGCUGCUUGGUACCCUGGGCGCUGUGAUUUGGGCCUGUUGGGCCUUCUGGGCCUGUUGGGCCUUUACUGGAGUAGUAGGAGUCUGUGGGUCGGGGGUUCCCGAGCCAUAUACUCCAUCAGGUUACUUCUAGGAAGAAUUUUCAAAAAGAAUUGGUGAAUGAUGUGUCUAUGGACAAGUAUGUUGCUGAUGCUGACAGCCAGGAUCAAGUUAUUGAGGAUAAAAAGGGGGUAAAAGUCCAGAGUAUCUUAGCAGGGCAGUUGGGAAAGAAUGAUCCACAGAUUUGUGCAUUUGAAGGAUCGGUCUUCAUUCACUCCAAUGUCAAUUCUGGGAUGGGAGUUAAGGACUGCAGUUUGACACUUUAUGCAAAUUGGGACUCCUGUAAUUAUAGAUUGAAAGGGGCUGAUGAAUUUACUUUUGAAUAUCAGUUGGAUAAAAUCAGUGUGGUCCUGGAUCUUAAUAAGAGUAUGGUCGUGGGAUUGGAAGCUGAAGCAAAUUUUCAACCUUACAAGAUGAUCUUAGGCUCCAAUGAUCCAGAACUGAACUGUUUGACUUGUGCUCUUGUAAGAGAAACCAAGCUAAAUGAAGAUGUUGGAAUUAUAGAAGUAGAACCCUACUUGAUAGGAAGAAUAGUUAUAGCUAUACCUCAAUAUCAAUGUGCUGGUUAUCAAAGUGCAGCUCUUUCCUUGCUUGUCAAUACCCCAGUAUGCAUCCGGCAGUACAUGGCAUCAGGAUCCAGAUUGAUUGUGGGAAUUGUAAGCUGCCAGUUAUCUUUGGAAGGGUUCAUCAUCCCGAAAUCAGUUCGGUAUUAGGAAGAAAGAGGUGCAAGAAAAAAGAAGCAGAAGACAUUGGCUGUCUCCUACCGCCCACCUUGAGGGCAAGGUGGAUGUUUAGGGGGGAGUAUUGAUAGGGACCCACCUAUUGACUAAUAAAUAGAUUAGUAGCUAUUAGUUAAAAUGUUGUAAUAGAUAUUAAAUAAAGUCAGUUGCUGGACUGCUAUAAAUAGAAGGUAGGCUGGGAAGGGAAGGGGGCUUUUGGACUCUUUGUCUUGGGAUUUGGGAAGACUGAGACUAAUAAUCUCUUUCUUUGGAAGUUUCGGCUUUGGGGGCUUCUGCCUUUGUACAGAUUAUUGUCCAUCUUCUAAUAAAGCUUGUGAAGUUCCUUUGAUUCCUUCUGUGAUUUUACUGUAAAUUCUGGAGGACCUAUCACAUCGCGAGACAUGUGAGCUAGCCCAGUAAAACUAGAGUUACACUUAAUUUUCCACCUCAAGGUGGAGCAUAUAUAUAUUGAUUAGCUUGCUCCAUAUUUAAUCAUCCUAGUUGCUAGUAAACCCUUUCACAAAUAGGUCUGGUAGUUGCUCUCUAAUUUCCAAAUGUGAUGUAGAAAUGAAUCCCAAUUGAAUCUUCUCGGGAACAGAAUGACAAACCAAUUCAAUAUACUUUGAUAGGCUUAUAUCAAUGAGUUGUGAUUCGCGAAUUGAAAAGCAUGUUAAAUUAUAAAUAUGAUCAUAUAGUAUACAUACCGUGACAUGUAAAAUCAUGUAUAACUCCUCAUGCAUAGGGCCUGCAUAAUGGAAUUCCAAGUCAUAAUAGUACUUUGACCAUUCCUAUCCGGCUAUCCUCUCACUUGAGCAUGGUAAAAGUACAUUGAUCUAUAAAUCUUGUUUAAUGGGAUACAGAUUCAAGAACAAAAGGACUUCUUAAGAAAUAUUGACUUUUUUUUACUAUGUCAAUUAAGCUCUUAUGAGAAUCUCUAACUAAUGCAGGCCAUAGCUGUUUCAGUGCAUAGGCAUUACCAUAAUUGGAUCUCUUCAGGAAUUGAUCAAAAUUCUCUUCCAAACCACGGUAAAAUGACCCCAAGUGGCCCCUCAUUUUCUCAGUGGGCAAUUCAUUCGCUACAAAGUUAAGACUUUUUAUGGGCCCACUUGUUUGAUUCUUGCAUUUCUCAUUUGAUGAAUUAUUCAAAGGAAUUCACAUGAUCUUUCAUAACCCAAAAAAAAGAUUGCAGAGUCCUGAUAGAGUAAUAUGGAGUGCAUGGUAUUAGCAAAGGAACUGCAUGUAUGAACCUGGCUAGACACGAUAUGUAAUCAAUUUGCAUCGUCCCUUGCCCACUUUGGGUGCUUGUUAUUGAACUCUUUAAUUUGAACUUGUUCUUUACAGUUUUUGUAAUUUUCUUUGGUUUAUAG